AUGGUGCUGCUGAUAGACCGGUGUUAUAUUACAAUACAAAUCAUAAUUCCUGUUUCACAACUCCUGUUGCGGGUUUUAAGGAGUGCUCGGGCAGUCCUGCCCCAGUGCUAGCACAGCGCGGGCAGAGCAGCACAGGCACGGGGCGGGGGGAGCAUUGCCAGCCCAGGGUUCCCUGGGCAUCGGGGUAUCCACAGCCCCCCUGUCUCCCACACUGGAGGAUAUCUGCUGGGUUUCUGCAGGCAGAAACCGCGUCAGAGCUGGAUGAAUAUGGAUUUAGCCACUGAGCAGCUGAACGGCAGAGGUCCCAGCACAAGACGCAAAACCUCCGUGGUGCUGGAGUCCUUCAAGCGGAUCGGCAUCCUCGUCCUGGCAGCGGUGCUCAGCCUCGCCUGCCUGGUUGCAGUUGGCUUCCUGGUCAAGAUUUACCUGGACUACCACUACUUCUUCUGCAAGUCGCCUCUGAAGCUGGUGCCACUGCAGCAGGUGUGUGAUGGGCAGGUGGACUGUCUGGAGGGCGAGGAUGAGGCCAACUGUCCCCAGUGGGUUCCUGAGGGACCACCAGCUGAGGCCCGUGUCUCCAAAGACAGAUCCAUCCUGCAGGUGCUUAACAGAAACACAGGAGCCUGGUCCUGUGCCUGUCACGACCACUUCAGCCUGGUGCUGGCGAAAGCAGCCUGUGAGCAAAUGGGCUACAGGAGCACCCCGACGUUUGGGGCGGUGCAGGCAGGUGCAGGGCAACCCCUGCCUGCCCGAGAGGUCGUGCUGAGCAAUGGCAGCCUGCAGGUGCCCGAGCCGGGCAGGAAAUGCCUCUCUGGAUCGGUUGUUUCGCUCUUUUGUUCCAACUGCGGGGAGAGCGUAAGGACGCCACGCGUGCUGGGUGGGAGCCCGGCAGCCAUCGAGGCUUGGCCGUGGCAGGUCAGCUUGCAGUACAGAAAGGAGCACAUCUGCGGGGGCAGCAUCAUCGACCCCAGCUGGGUCCUGACGGCAGCGCACUGCUUCAAGAACAACCCCGUCAUCCAGAGCUGGCGCGUGAAGGCUGGCUCUGAUCUCCUCUCUGGUGCUGCCACCCUUGCUGUGGAGAAAGUCUUCCUAGCUGAGGUGACACCCACAUCUCCCAAGGACGGUGACAUUGCCCUCGUGAAGCUGCAGUAUCCCCUGCGUGUCUCAGAGAGCAGCAAGCCCAUCUGUCUGCCCUAUUUCGACGAGGAGCUGGCGCCAGGCACCCCCCUGUGGGUGAUAGGCUGGGGCUACACGCAGGAGCACGGCAAGCUGUCGGAGACCCUGCAGCAGGCAGAGGUGGGACUCAUCGACAAGGAGAGCUGCAACCGGGCUGCCUACCACGGGGAGGUCACCGAGAAGAUGCUGUGUGCCGGCCUGCCCCAAGGCGGGGUGGACACCUGCCAGGGGGACAGCGGCGGGCCCCUGCUGUACUCAGGCAAGCACUGGCAGGUGGUGGGCAUCGUCAGCUGGGGCCAGGGCUGUGGGACCCCCAGCAUACCCGGCGUCUACACCAGCGUCCGCGCCUACCUCAACUGGAUCUACGGUGUCCGGAGGUCGGAGUUCUGAGACCUGCCGGGACAGGUCCUUCGCGCCUCCCCAAGCCUCCCUCCCCAUCCCUACGUGCCUGGCUGUCUCGGCUCUGGCAGCAGCUGGGAAAUGGAUCUCAAGGCACAGAAGGUGAGCAGUGCAUCCCAAAUCCUGACUGGCAGGCUGUGAUUUAGCGUGCCAGAGGUCAGCCAAGGAGGCAAAGGGCAGCUCGGAGUGAUGGCCACUGAUACCGUGAAAGAAUCUGACCGGCUCAAGCUCCCUUCCGGAGAAAAAUUAAUUUAUUGCCCUGUGCUGACCCUGCUGUGGCAGGAAGGCUCCUGUGGGGCUAAGCUGCUGUUUGCUUACUACUGUUAUACAGAGAGAAUUUAUGUUUGUGCUGUAGACUAUCCGCAUUAAAAGAAAGUAUUUGUUUUUUCAUGCAGCCUCUUGAAGGCUUUGUCCCUCUUGCUUGCAGGGGUACGUUUUGCAAUACCCUGCGCUGCUGCUUUCCCAGCCCAAGGCAGGGUUUAUUUGCUGGCUCUCGUGAAUAAGCUGUUCCUGCACACAAGGAGGAAAAUGCUGUGUGGACCUCGGCCAGUCAGACAAGCUGAUCGGAACUGGGUCAGUUUAAAUUACUGUAAACAAACAGGGUCAUUAAGCGUUAUUUUAAAUCAAUUUUUCUAGCAUAGCAUCAGCCCCAGCAGAAAUCGGGGCCGUUCUCAUGCAGCGUGCAGGGAGGGAUCCUGCUUUCCAGGCAGCUGCGCUCAGAGCUUUUUGCACAGGGAAAUACCCCCAGGCACCCCCAAAAACUGCCCCUCCAAAGGCAGCAUGACAGCCCCAUCCCGUGUCCCACCGGGGGCCAGCUCCCCACCUCCAGGCACCCACAGCCCCUGAGCUCCAGUGGGCAAUGCACACCCGUGGGUGCUGGGAAGCGGCACCCAGCCCUCGCCCCGGGGUGUCUGAGGGGCUCGGCAGGAUGAAGGCAGAGCGGUGGCAGUCACCCACCCUGGGACAAGCAGCUGCAGAGAAUGGACAUGACCCAGGCUCUGCACACAAGAGA